UAAAUUCCCUUUCAGUUUUAAAGCACAACAGGAGGCAGUCAGCGGGCAGUUUAUUGCAGCUCGGCAAAGAGAAGCCAAAAGGGAGAAAAAAGAAGAAGAAGAAAAAAAGAAUAUUGCCCACCAUGAGUGUUCAGCCAAUGAUUGUUACUCAGCAACCGAUGGUAGUGACGGUCCAGUCCAACAGAAACUAUUGGCAAACGAACUUAUGUGACUGCUUUAGCGACUGUGGAGUCUGUUUCUGUGGAAUGUUCUUCUUCCCUUGUAUGGCAUGCCAAGUUGCUGCAGAUAUGAAUGAAUGUUGUUUCUGUGGCCCAACUGUGGCCAUGCGAGCUGUCUACAGGACAAAAUACAGUAUCCCUGGCUCCAUCUGUAACGAUACCUGCAUUGUGUGUUGUUUCCCUGUUUGUUCCCUCUGCCAAAUCAAGAGAGAUAUCAACAGAAGGAAAGCGAUGGGGAUAUUCUAGAAGAUUUCAUCCUAAGUGUCUUUUUUAAACCAAUGUAGAAUUCUGAGAAGAAUUAGAAUUAGAAUUCUAUUAGUAAGAUGUAUUAGAAUUCUGAGAAGUAAGAUUCAUUAAAGUAGUUUGUAGGAAGACCAUUAUUUAGAGACACCCUUGCUUUAUAAUUCUAAGCAUAUUAACCCAGAAAUUAAAUUUUAGUAGUGAUUAAGAGCUCAAAUUCUAGACACCCAAAAACCUGCUGUUCUUGGUUCUGUCCUUCUUUGCUUGAUCUCCCUAUUUCAUUUAAAGUGGAAAAGAAAACAUUUUGGUUGCUGAUGUUGUUAAACAAUUAGGAAUUAUAUUUUAAAAAACCAACCCUUCUAGACCUUUGAAGAUUUAUUGGUGGAUCUAGAUUCUGCCUUUCCUGUUUUAGGGUUACCCGUGAUUUCUGUUUGCAGGAUGUAGUUCUUGGAGAAAAUAAGGUAAAAUUGUAAUCUAAAGCCAUGACCCACACCUAUCUUACAUGGAAGUGCUUGCUGUCCAGAUGUGAGGGACUAGAAUUAUUGUGAUUCCUAGCCACCACAGCUUUGAAUUGAAACAGAUAUAAAACAAAAAAAAUAUGGAGAGCGCCAUUUUAAGAAAAAUUAGUGUAUGUGAUUGUUUAGCUCAGGGGUAUCAAACUCAAGGCCCGCGGGCCAGGUUUGUCCCAUGGGGUGCUUAGAUCUGGCCUGAGGGGCCGACCUGCAAGUAGUGAAGGACUGGCCCAUGUUGCCUCUGUCAAUAAAAAUGGAGCUCCGUUUUCACUGGCAGGGGGUUGCAGGAGGCCGUCGCAGCUGAAAACGGAGCUCAGGAGCCAGUUUUCGCUGGCAGAGCGCUCAGGCCACCACAGGUGCCCCCAACACGAUGUUGAGCUGGCCACACCCACCCUGGCCAUGCCUCCCUGACACCCUGAGAUCAAACACAACCCUGAUGCGGCCCUCAAUAAAAUCAAGUUUGACACCCCUCAUUUAGCUAGUAAAUUAUGUUGUUCUUACUCUCCUAGCCAAUGGUACAACGUUUCCUAAUGCUGGUGUGGGAAACUACCAGGAAGGCUGCAGGGAGGAAUCAAGUGAGGGCCUAGCUUGCAGUCUUUGAGGAGCCGCAAGCACAUAACUUUGACCUCCCCCAAGAUCCACGAAGCCUUAUCCAGCUAUUCCCACAGGAACACAAGCUGUCUAGUGAGAUUCAUACAUAGGGAGUAGACGAUAAAGUUCCUGACUUUCGUUAUUCAUUAGUGGUUCCAGAUGGUUACACCUGACAGCUGGUAGUCACUAUCCCUUUUCCACCACUAUGAAUGAGUUUCAUUUCUCUCAGACUGUCAUAUCCUGUAGUAAAAUUAAAGCCCUUUUACUUGAAAUUCUUCUCAGGAUUAUGUUUUUUAGACCUCCAUUUAUCAACAUCAGAACACUGAAGUGGUAUGUGGGUGUAUGCUUCCUGAGAUAUCCUGCAAAAACAGAUAUGAACAUAGAGUUUGCAGGGCCUUUAUAUGCCUCAUAAAAUCCUAACUACAGGUAAUCUUCGACUUAUGAGCCCAAAAUUUAGGUUGUUAAGUGAGAAAUUUAUUAAGUGAGUUUUGCCCCAUUUUACGACUUUUCUUGCCGCAAGUGUUAAAAGAAUCCCUGCAGUUCAAAGGUGGGUUUCAGCAGGUUCUGACCAGUUCUGGAGAACCGGUAGUGGAAAUUUUGAGUAGUUCGGAGAACCGGUAGUAAAAAUGCUGACUGGCCCCGCCCCCAUCUAUUCUCUGCCUCCUAAGUCCCAGCUGAUCGGGAGGAAAUGGGGAUUUUGCAGUAUCCUUCUCCUGGAGUGGGGAGGAAAUGGGGAUUUUGCAGUAUCCUUCCCCUGGAGUGGGGUGGGAAUGGAGAUUUUACAGUAUCCUUCCCCUGCCAUGCCCACCGAGCCACGCCCACAGAACCGAUAGUAACAAAAUUUGAAACCCACCACUGCUGCAGUUGUUAAGUUAGUAACACCGUUGUUAAGUGAAUCUGGCUCCCCCCGUUGACUGCUAGUCAGAAAGUUGCAAAAGGGGAUCACAUGACCCCGGGAUACUGCAUUCGUCAUAAAUAUGAACCAGUUGUCAAGCAUCCAGCUAUAAAUCACAUGACCAUGGGGAUGCUGCAACAGUCGUAAGUGUGAAAAAUGGUCAUAAGUCACUUUUAUCAGUGCUGUUGUAACUUCGAACAGUCACUAAAUGAACCGUUGCAACUCAAGAACCACCUGUACUGAAGAAAUGGAGGCAAGCUCGUUUACAUUGUUUCUGUUCCUUUUUUAAAAAAGCUAUCUUAGUGCCUUUAGAUGAGCUAUGAAACUCACAACAGUAAAAGUUAUGUGGGCAAAAGUAUAAAACAUACCCCUGAAAGUUUUGUUGGCUACUUCCUGCUUAGUGUUUGGCAUUUAACCAACAUCAUAAAAAUACUGUAUUCACCUAUGCAUUGCAGCCUGUCCCAUAAAACAGCUUAUGGUAAAACCAAGGAACAAAAGUAAAUUAUUCAAUAAAGUGAUUUCAGCAGCCUCAAAUAUAAUAAUCUGAAUUCUUUCCCUUCUUAGCAACGUGGAUGUUUUAGAACUCUGCAUAUUUCAGAAAUGCAUGGGCCAGAGCAGAGGUGGGUUUCAGCAGGUUCUGACCAGUUCUGGAGAACCGGUAGCGGAAAUUUUGACUGGCUCCACCCCCAUCUAUUCUCUGCCUCCCAAGUCCCAGCUGAUCGGGAGGAAAUGGGGAUUUUGCAGUAACCUUCCCCUGCCACGCUCACCAAGCCACACCCACCAAGCCAAGCCAUGCCCACCAGGCCAUGCCCCCAGAACCGGUAGUAAAAUAAUUUGAAACCCACCACUGGACCAGAGCCAUGUGUGAGAAUAAUUGAUUCAUACUUUAUAUGAUGGCCCAAAAGCCCAUCUUACCAUUAAGUAAUAUUGCAAUUAAUUUGGGAGAAAGGCAGUCUGGAAAAUAUUACAGUUUGCUCAAUUAUACUGAGUAUGCCAUUCUGUACGGAGAAUUUACCUACAAAGUAAAUAAAAACAGCCUUGCCUAAGA